AUUUCGAACACAGAUUAUAUCAGUGUCGGUAUUAGUGAGGACAUUGUUUUUGCGACGCUUACGAGCAGAGCACGGACUGGACUUAAAUGUCCUUUCACUGCGCCAUUAUCACCAUGUGAUAAGCAAGGUUAAUGUUGACUCACAGUCUACUAGUAUGCUGAUGUAUUGACUAAAUAACAACAGAGUAAGUGAUUGGUUUUGUGGAGUACAACACCCAAUAUACUGACAUUACGGCAGAGGCGUUCCUAUACCAGAAGUCGCUCAGUAUUCCAUUGUUACACGCGAAGAUCACCUAUUACAGGGUCUUGUUCCCUAGAUAAAGCAACUUGCAACUGGGUUUCGAUUGCCAUGAAUCUAAGCCUGGUGUAUGCAACUCUCCAAAGGGUAUCAUCUAUUGAUGGACAAAGUUUGGACAUAUGGACAAAUCAGAGUAGAGGUUUGAAUAAUUUUGGGAAAGCCUUCAAAAAUGGUGGUCUUGGAGAAAACGGUUCAGAAUGCAUGAGUGAUACGACUUUUAGUAGCAAAGACAUUCAUGAGGAUAUUGAUGCAUUUGUUUCUUCGACUGAAACAGAAUCAUCUGAAUUACUUUCGCCCAUGUCUUUAUCAGACCAUGCCCAAGAAAAUAUUCCGUCAACGGUCAAGGAAGAGAAUUCCACAGAUAAAAACCAGCAUAAAGACCACGCCGAUAUUUCCGAAAACUCAGAGUGCGAUUCGGGAUUUGCUGAUUCUUUAAUACAAGCAAAAUCGCCGGAAAAACUAAAGACUGGCAGCUAUUCAGAUAAAAGCGAAAUAUUUAGCGGAGGUUCAUUGGAAAGAGAAAAUAAUGUUACCAUAAGACAAUUUCCUGAAUGUGCCUCAAAACUAUUUCGUGCCGUCGUUGUCAGUUGUUGGGACAAUAUUUGCGGUCCUCGAAUAAUGAGAACAUGGUUGGCCAAUGACUUCAAAAUCCAAGAUGAUCGUCUGCUUGAAAUAUGUCGAAAGUCACUGGUGCAUGAACUGGACAGAGACGAAGGGGACGGUUCGAUCAAUAUGAAGUCAUUCACUGUUUCUAAAGAAGAUUUCACAGCAAUGACAUAUAUAUUUAAUGGUAUGACAAAACUGGGCAUAAAAGUUCAUGGAAUAACGUUUUUAUUACACAAUACACACAUCAGAGAUUUCUUUUCUUGUCUGGAUUUGAUCAAGAGAUAUAUGCAAAGGUUGGUGGGCAGUUUCCGCAUAUUGUUGGAAAAGACUGACGGCCGAAAUAAAGCUUUGACAUUCUUCGAUGAUCACAUCCCCAAACUUGUUGAAAUAUCCGAAACCAUGGAACGAUUUGCAAUUCCUGAAGCAGUAGCGUUGACAGCAACGUACCUUUCACACCAACAUAGACUAUCUUUCUCCAAAGAAGAACUUUUGAAGGACGCCAUCAUGUCACAUCUUUUGACAUGUGGAAAUACAUUAGUCACGGGGUCUAGUGAAAAGAGAAUAAAUAAGAUGAUCCUCACAUUGGCGCUCUUCAGUCAGCUUUCUGAUCGCAGGUGUAGCCGUUUAGUCGCCGCAGCUGGAGAGAAGAGAUGGAAUAGGUAUAUCCCAGACCUCUGUAUACAGGGAUUGCUAAUGCCAAAAAUCACAUCAGAAGCGCCAAAAAAGCAGUUCAUCAGUCAGCUUCCCCAUCACGACAUACUGUGCAGUUACUACCCGACCACCAUCGUGGACAUCAGCGGCAGAAAUGUCUGGCAGACGUACUUGGUGGACGGCCACAAGGCGGGCAGACAGAGGCUGCUGAAUAGGGAGCUGUUGGAUUUGGCGCUCGAUAAGAAAAGAAGAACUGUCAUACCGAUGGUAACGCUAUUUUGUCCUGAUCAGCCCGAGACGCUCGUGACGAACUUCGUGAAAGAGGUAUUUCAGCUACCGCCAAAUUCUCGUCACGAUUACACAGUGUCAUUUGUGUAUAGUUUGAAACGUCAAGCCAUGCUGCUGAUCAGACGAAUUGAGGCGAUUGUAUUGGCCAAAAGACCAGGUAAACCAAAUGUCAUGAGAUUACGGGAAGAGAUGCGGCUGGAGAACGAGGGCGACUUCCGCAUUAUUCUUGCGCAAGCUGAAAAACUCAAACCUGGUUUCUACUCAUACAUAAUUGAGAAAACGGACUUUUCACAGUAUGCGUUACUCCAGGGAUAUACGACAUAGUUUGGACAAGAGUUGCAAAA